ACACUAUGUUUUCUCCUGCGGGAUGAAAGAAGAGCCCCUGGUGGGCCAGGCCAGGGGUCGAGGCUAGAGUAGCUCCCCGUGUCCCUUUUCACAGCAGCUGGCUGAGGAUUUUACAACCUAGAAGUGCGCAGGAAUGUUCACGUCUUGGUUUUCUGUGGGACAUAAUGUUUUAUUGCACGGACGCCAUUUCUCUCUCUCCUUGUUUGGCAGCUAUGCAGUGUGGCAACAAACGUUUGCAGAGUGGUAUGAAGAAGGUGAAGAAGAGGUGGAAAAGUUUCUUAAACAGACCAACAGGAGACCAAACAGCCCCAAGCCAGAGAAGAGGAGUAGCAGAGGACAUCACAGUUUCAAUUGCAAAGUCAGUAUUCACCAGACCUCCAGAGGCUGUAGCAGGAAGAGCAUUGGGUUACAGAGCACAGUGUGUAGAGCAGUACUAUGGGCAAGAAGGACAACUUGUACGGGACUUGGAGUGAUGGUGAUGACCCCAAAACAGACGUUCAUGCUGACAGAAAAACUAGACGUUUCAACCAGAGGACACCCGACAGCUCCAUAGAAACUGGUAACUCGCCUGAUGACAACUCGCUCCAGCUUGAAUGUGCUUUUCCUGGUGUCAAGGCUGUCACUGCUGACGAUGGCGUGAAGAAGAGUGUCAUAGGAAAGAGCUGCGAGGACAACGGCGAGGGACACCUGGACUAUCGCAUCGGCCUUGUGAUGAAAGAAAGAUAUGAGGUGGUAUCCACACUGGGAGUCGGAGCCUUUGGAAAGGUUGUGGAGUGUAUUGAUAGAGACAAAAAGGACCAUGUGGCUGUGAAGAUUGUGAGGAACCCAGAGUGUUUCCGUGAAGUAGCGAGGUCUGAGAUCGCGGUGCUGGAGGACAUCAACAUCCUAGAUGAUGACAACAGAUUUUCCUGUGUGAGGAUGCUGGACUGGUUUGAGCAUAACGAUCACAUCUGCAUCGUGUUUGAGCUGCUCGGCCUCAGCACCUUUGAAUUUCUCCGACAGAACAAGUUCCUGCCGUACAAUGUGGAGCAGAUCAGACACAUGGCAUUCCAGAUCUUCAGAGCCGUCUGCUUCCUGCAUCGUAACAAACUGACCCACACAGACCUGAAGCCAGAGAACAUCCUGUUUGUCUGCUCUGACUACGACCUGGAGUACAACGAUGUGAUGAAGUGUGAGGAGAAGAAACUGAGGCGUUGUGAUGUGAAAGUGGUGGAUUUUGGCACUGCAAAAUUUGACCAUGAAGACCAUGAAUCCGAGGUAUCAACACGCCAUUACCGAGCUCCAGAGGUCAUACUGGGUCUGGGCUGGAACCAGUCUUGUGACGUUUGGAGUUUGGGCUGUGUCCUAAUGGAGUUUUACCUGGGACGAACACUCUUCCAGACCCAUGACAGCAAGGAACAUCUGGCCAUGAUGGAGAAAAUCCUAGGACCGAUUCCCCCCCACCUGCUAAAACAGACCAGAAAGCAGCAUUACGUUCACAACGGGCGUCUGAACUGGGACGAGACAAGCUCUACUGACGAAUACAUCUGGAAACACUGUAUACCUCUCAAGCAAUCCAUGUGCAAGAAGAGUGAGGAGGAGAGUAAGCUGUUUGACCUGAUCGGCAGCAUGUUGGAGUACGACGUCUACAGACGGAUCACUUUGGAGGAGGCACUAUGGCACCCGUUCUUCAGCCCACUGAGGAUGCAGAAGCCGCGCAGCUAACUCAUGCAUAAACACACAUACACACACACACACACACACAUUCAACAUAUGCCUCAGGCUGUUAAGCAGUGCAGUUACCAGAUUGUUUGGGUUUGUAGUUCUGAGUUGAUGAGUUGAAGAUUUUUUGUUUCAUUUACAGUCAUAACAGUUCUACAGAGCAUUCCUUUCUACUUGAAAUCAAUUUGAAAACAUGCCAUCAUCAUCCAUUUGCAUGUCACUGUAAAGAAAGCCAAGUGUACUGCAAAGUAUUUUAUUGUGUUAUUCCUUUAUUCAUUUGUAGUCAUUUUAGUCAGCAAUUUGUUAAAGAACAAAUCCGGUGCAAAAUGAGCCUAGGGUUAAUAACGUGUCCCAAGUUCAACCGUUCUCUGGGAUUUGUUUUCAUGCUAAUCAAAGGGGAAUCACAAAAUAAUGCUAGUCGUCGGGGCACAGGUAAAGAAAUCGCUAUUUCUAUACCAAUAGCCACACACCUCGGUAGAGUCUUCUUCUUUCACUAUCACCUCUUUCUCUCAGGACAAUGUUAACAGUGUUAAACACAUACAUACAUACAUACUAGGCUCGUUCGAAAUGAACUGCGCCUUGCCUGUAAAGUGGACGAGAUCAGGCAGCAGCAGCCAGGGGGGGUGACAAAAAUCUUUUCCAGUCAAUUUCAGCAGCCUUUAGGCUGAACAAGAAGUGACAGAAACACUGUGGUGCGGUUCUGAUUUAAUAAAAUGUUAUCAAACCCAUAUAUAAACAUGUAAACAGUCUGCAGUUGUUUUAAUUAUGACAGAGUAGUUGUCAAAAUACUCUACAUGUGAUCUGUUGCUGAGUUUGAUUAACACACUGUAGACAAUCUGUGAUCUGAAUAGAUUUAGUCUCUCUGACUUCUAAAUCUAUCAGCCACAAAAUGGUUUGUACCUGACAGAACUAAAGAAAUCCAACCUGGAUACAUCAAUUCCUGCCAAUUAUAGGCCCAUUUCCAAGAGGCCUUUUUCAAAAUUUUAGAAGUUGUUGCUAAACAGCUCACUGUUGUCUUGAAUACACACAACAUUUUAGACAAAUUUCAAUCUGGCUUCCAUCAGAAACACUCUACAGAAACCGCUCUUCUUUGAGUGUCCAAUGAUUUAUUAAUGUCCCCUGAUAUGGAUGAAUGCUUGGUUUUGGUUCUGCUUGAUUUAAGUGCAACUUUUGACACAGUGGAUCCUAACCUCUUGCUUGAUAGACUUAAGCACGGGGUUGGUAUCUCAGGGAGCACCCUGAAUUGGUUCACCUAUCUUUCAGAUAGACGUUUUUCUGUGUCACUUGGUCCCUAUUGUUCAGAAACUGCUGCCCUUUCAUGUGGGGUGCCUCAGGGUUCUGUGUGAGGUCCGAUUCUAUUUGCACUGUAUAUGCUUCCGAGGGACAUAUAAUUAGCCAAUUUAAAGAUAUCCUUUAUCACUUCAAUGCAGAUGACAUCCAGCUAUAUGUCUCUUUUAGCCUGGAAGAGAGUGACAAUGUGUGUCACAACUGUUUAACUUCCAUUAGGAAUUGGCUGGCAAACAACUUCCAUACAGCACAAUGAAGAUCAGACUGAAGUCCUUAAUGUUGCUCUAGACACUACAGCUUCCAAGGUUACUCAGCUCUUGGGGUCCCUUUCUUCAGUGGUACAGUCCAAACUGAGAAAUCUUGGUGUUAUAUUUGAUGAUAACAUGUCUUUUGAUCAACAUGUCAAAUCACUGACACACACAUGUUUCUUUCAAUUAAGAAACAUUGCCAAACUGUUGUUUCCCAUUUGGAGCUUGAGAAGAUCAUUCAUGGUUUUAUAUCAU